AUGUCAGCAAUUCCUUCCCAUUUUUAUCGCAUCCAUCCUAUUGGCAACUACACCUCCUCGACCAAAAUCAUGGACAUUGACAUUGUCAUUUCGGAAAUUAAUGGGUUCGCUAAUAACCUGAAGAGUGGAGGCCAAAUGCCCCCCCGUCAGCAAGAACGGCUUCUUGAAGCCUGUGACAGGCUGUCGAUGCAGUUGAAGAACCCCGAACAGGGCUUUACAGCGACCGCGGCCGUCAAGAUUGCCAUCGAUAUGGGCAUCUUCGAUCUGACCAUCAAUCGAGACCCCGAGGAGAUCACAGCCGAGGAGAUCGCUAACUCUACUGGGGCGGAUCAGGUCCUCGUCGUAGAACGCAUCAUGCGAUCCCAAGUCAUCAACGGGCUGUUGAAUACCACGCCUCAGAACAAGUACGCCGCCAACGAGGCAACCAAGGCCCUGUCAUCGCAGGGAUCCAUGCAGCAUAUGGUUUCUUUCAUCCACAAUGUCACGGCAUGCGUAAGCCAGAAACUUCCCGAAUUCCUGGCCAAAACCGGCUACCGAAACCCUAACUCCUCCACCGACGGCCCCUUCCAAUAUACCUUCAAUACAUCAAACCGGUUCUACACAUGGCUCCAGAAGCACCCCGAACUCCACGUCUCCUUCAACGGAAUGAUGAAAGCCACCGAGCGCCAAGACGUGCGCUGGUCGGAUAUCUUCCCUGCCGAGGACCGGUUCGCGGUCUUCCGUGGUCCCCAGUCCCAGGUUCUGCACUUGGUAGAUGUAGCCGGAGGGACGGGGUAUAACAUCCAGCAUCUCGUGGAGAAGAUUCCCGAUCUACAUGCCCGUUUCACGCUGCAGGAUCUACCUGAGGUCAUCGCCGCCGGAUGUGUGCCUGUGGCCGCUCAGGUGGAGGUGAUGCCGCAUGAUAUCUUCCAAACGCAGCCCGUCACCGGUGCACAUGUUUACAUUUUGAAGCGGAUCUUGCAUAACUGGCCCGACCAGGAGUGUCGGCAGAUUCUGGGCCAUCUGCGAGACGCCAUGGGACCAGACUCGGUGGUGCUGAUUCAUGAUCGGGUGUUUCCUGAUGAAGUUGCGGGAAUGUCCAAAGCCGAUGUGUCGAUCGAUCUGGCGAUGAUGAUGCUGUGUGGGUCCAUGGAACGGACGGAGGCACAGUUCCGGACGCUGUUUGCUUCAGUGGGAUUGAGGAUGGUGAGGGUGUGGAGAGGGCCAGCGCAGAGUCAAGAUGCUGUUGUUGAAGCGGUAUUGGCGGAGAAGUAG